AUGUACAGCUCCAACGAAAUUAAGCUGGAUACGAAGGAGAAGGUUUCCAAGAAAGAUGUCGACUAUUCGCUCUAUUUAGUGACAGACUCAACAAUGCUGCCCGAGGGCACGACGUUGAGUUCUCAAGUGCUGGCUGGUUUACGGAAUGGUGUUACGCUGGUUCAAUUGCGUGAAAAGGAUACAGACACCAAAACGUUUAUUGCGGAGGCUAUGGAAGUUAAGAAACUCUGCGACCAGUUCAGAGUCCCACUAAUUAUAAACGAUCGUGUAGAUGUGGCAUUGGCAAUUGAUGCCGAUGGUGUGCAUGUCGGUCAAGAUGAUAUGCCAAUUCCAAUGGUCAGAAAACUCCUGGGUCCGGACAAAAUCCUCGGUUGGUCCGUCGGGAAGGUGUCUGAAGUGGAAACUUUGGCAGAAUGGGGGCCAGACAUGAUCGAUUACAUUGGUAUCGGCAUGGUCUUCCCAACGAAGACGAAGAAAAACCCUAAAAAGUCGCCAAUGGGACCACAAGGUGUUUGCAGAAUUCUGGAUGCAUUAGAGACCAACGGCGCCGAUUGGUGCAGAACAGUAGCCAUAGGUGGGUUACACCCAGAUUGUAUUGAAAGAGUUCUAUUGCAGUGUGGGUCUCUUAACGGUAAGAGAUCCAUUGAUGGGAUUUCUCUUGUUAGCGACAUCAUGGCCUCGCCUGAUGCAGCGAGGUCUACUAGGAUUCUUCGAGAACUAAUUUUGAAGAACUACUACAACUACGUUGAUGUCCAACUAAAAAAGAGCGCCGCGGCCAUAAACGUUAAAUCCGUGCUCAACCAAGUGACAAAGAACCGUCCCCUAGUUCAGCAUAUGACGAAUAAAGUUCAUCAGAACUUUGGUGCGAAUGUCACUCUCGCUUUGAAUGGGUCUCCAAUUAUGUCCGAAAUUCAAUCUGAGGCAAGAGAUCUCGCUCAAAUUCCAAACGCUAGUUUGUUGGUAAAUACCGGAUCGGUGGCUCCGAUAGAAACGGUCAAGACAGCGAUCGAGGCUUACAACGAAUUCAAAAGGCCAAUUGUUUUUGACCCAGUUGGCUAUUCUGCUACAGAGACAAGGCAUGUUUUGAACGACACAUUGUUGACUUAUGGGCAAUUCUCGUGUAUUAAGGGUAAUUCUAGUGAAAUAUUGUCCUUGGCUCGGUUUAGUACUUCUAAAAUGAAAGGUGUUGAUGCUGGAAACACAGAUGUAGACAGCUCUUUGCUGCUUUCUGCCACGCAAACUGUUGCGUACAAGUUUAAGACCAUCUGUGUAUGUACUGGUGAACUCGACUUUAUCGCGGAUGGUACUUUUGGGGGCGAAUACGCACUGUCUAAAGGUACGGAAGGUUACGAUGCUAAAUCCAUUCCUUACAUCGUUGUGAAAAAUGGUAGUAUACCGAUUAUGGGGGAGAUCACAGCUAGUGGCUGCUCUUUGGGCUCUACCAUAGCUUGCCUACUAGGGGGGUUGGAUACGGAGGGAAGCGCGUUUGAUGCUGUUGUAUCUGCAGUACUACUUUUCAAGUCGGCUGGGAAAUUGGCUUCCCUGAAGUGUAAGGGUAGUGGGAGUUUCCAUGUUGAACUAAUUGAUGCGCUGUACCAGUUAGUUCGAGAAAACAAACCUGAAACAUGGACCGCCCAGUUGACAAAGGAGUACGAGGGCUUCAUCGAAUAG